AUGCUGGCUCAAAAGGCCAGGGAAGCUAUAUUAAAAAAAUUACCAGAGUUACGGUCAUCACUUGUUGCUUCUAGGUCUCAACGUAUUUCUACCGGUUGCAGGAAAGGAAGGGUAAUCAAACAAUUGGAUGAUAUUAAACAAGAGUUGUUGAAUCACACUGAGAAGAAGGGUGAAUUAUCUGGGAAGAAUGAAUAUCUUGGAAUUAAGAAUCCACUGAUGGGUGGUCAGCACUCUGCGAUUAUCUUCACAAGGUCCGAUAAAAGGAAAUGUAAUGUGAUCUUAAAUAACCUAAUUGGUUAUCCUUACAGCAAGGAUACAUUUGGUUCCCCUGUAGAUCCAGUGAAGUUAAAUCUUCCUGACUAUUACACCCUCAUUAAGCAACCCAUGGAUCUUGGCACGGUUCGGUCUAAGAUGGAAUCUGAUAAGUAUAAAGCACAUCAGAGUUCGUCAUAG